AUGACUAAAGAAAUACCAAUUAUACUAUCAUCGGCCUCUCAUCCAAAAUUAAAAUUUAAAGGUAUGUCACUUUUUGAAAGAGAUGAAGGUAUGGAAUUCUUUAAGGCUGAAGUAGAGCACCUACAGUCAAUUACAGGUAUUGACAAUGACAAUGUGCAACCUGCAUCCGAAGAUGAUUUUCUUUUCGAUGGUGAUGAUGUAGAAGUAGAACAGCACAACACAGAAAUUGAUCGAUAUUUGAUAACACCAUUCUCUGGAGACUUGCUAAUUUUAAAUACCAUGCCAAUCAUAAAAAAUAUAUUCUUAAAAUAUAAUAUUGCAUUGCCAUCAAGUGCUUCAGUAGAGCGCCUAUUUAGUGUUGCUGGUGAUAUAUGUACAAAAUAA